GUGUCACGAAGUUCACUCUUUGUUCCAAGGGUCGAAUCAUUCUCAACGAUUUUAAACAUUCAAACCAUACGCGUCGGCGCCGUCAAUACCAUCAAAAACAUUCCUUCCACUUCUGUCGGCACAUCCGUUCCCACUGAAAUUACAACUGCCAUCCCAAUUAGUACCACCGCAAACAUUCCAUUCACCAAUACUGUUAAAGCGACCACUUUAAACCCAACUAUACAAACUAUGACCACGGCACCGGUCACAAUUCAACAAAAAACUCCCUCAACAACUAAUACAGCUACUUCAAAAGGAAUGUCUGUCCUGCAUCCUUAUUCAACUUAUAAUCAACUUCCUAAAUCUAGUACUACCACUUUUGUUAGUAAUCCUUCUUCAAAUACUGUUAAAAUAGAAUUUAUGUUUUGGUCCUUACUAGUAGCUGUUGCGAUUUGUAUUUUUGUUUUCGGAAUGGUUUAA